AUGACUACUUCACUUCUCCCAGCGCGGGUGUUCGCACCUUCCUCUUCCUCCAUCUUUGCCCACUCUAUGAAUGACAUCAGGAAAGGAUGUCUUUCAGUCACCCCAAGAACAAGAGAUCACCGCUUCUUUUCCUCGUCUCGCUCUGUUCAAACAUCAGCAGCAACACGCUUUCAGUCUGCAAACCGGCUGGCCGGUCGUACAUGCAUGGUCACCGGUGGAUCAUCCGGGAUUGGCUACGCCAUCGCAGAGCGGUUCCUCCAAGAAGGCGCAUCUUCUAUCAUUCUAGUCGGCAGAUCACAGAAACGCCUACAAGAUGCGGCCGAUAAUCUCAAUGCCUCUACGGGUGUCUCUCCAGAUGCUAAUGCUACUAUCACCACGGGAGAGCUCAAUGUUCAGCAAGAUGCGCCGAGUAGGAUUCGUUUCCUUGUUGGUGAUAUUGGAGAAGCAGCUUCAUGGAUGCGUGAGCUGGAGAAGGAAAUGGCCACGGUAGAUGUCCUUGUCAACGCCGCGGGAAUCUCGAUUUCAAGUAUUCUCCCCAGAUCCGAACUGGCAGACAUCUCCCAAAUCCUACGCACAAAUCUCGAAGGUGCGGUGCUCACCUCCCGCGCCCUAAUCCGUGCUGCGAUUCGCAGCCGGGUCCGAACCCGCAAGAACGACUCCACGGACGCAAAUCCCCUCUCGAAGUGUAUCAUCAACGUUUCCUCGUUACUGGCAUUAAAGGCUGGCACCGGUGCUGUGCCGUACGCUGCAUCCAAGGCCGGGGUGUUGGGUUUGACUCGCUCCGUGGCCGUGGAGGCAGCGGCCUCGCUGAAGGACUUGGCCAUUCGGUCAAAUGCCAUCGUGCCAGGAUACAUCGAGACGCCCAUGAUUGCAGGUGAUUACUCUCUGGCAAUCCCUGGUGGAAACGAAUCUUACUGA